AAUAAUGAACAUACUCAUUUUUUUAUGAUAUUUUGAAGUGAAACUUGGUUAGAACUGGAUUGAUUGAGGAUAUUUUCAAAAUGGAGCGAUUUGAAAAGAGGGAUCUAAGACAACUAAUCAAUGUAGAAGUGAAAAAAGCUACAAACUUGGAUGAUAUCAAAGAAAAAUAUAAAAGUAAAAUUUCAAAUGUAACAAAUGCCUACAUUGAGAGAAAAUAUGUUAAAUAUUGUUUCAAACAUUGGACUGAGAGAUGCAUUAAAGAAAUAAAAGAAACUAGUAGUACAAUAGACAUUGCAGCCUUUAAAAAGAUGUUUUCGGAAAUUCAUUCUGUACAAAACUUGGAUCAAGUUCCUGCACCUUUUAACUAUAAUGCUCAUUAUAACCUUUUAAUAUCUAAUUCCAAUCUCAUAUCAAAUCUUUCUGCAGAAACAGAAAAUAUAAUGCGAUGGAAAAGUGAAUGUUUGGCUGCUUUAAAAAUAGUCAAUAAAAAUUAUAUAAAGGAUCUCAAUAUCAUUGAAGCUUGUUUCGAACUGAUUAUGACAAUUAAAAAACAAGACUUUAGAAAGCUGCAUUUGCAGGAACUUUUAUCACGAGAGAAAUUGACUUAUCAUGAAUUUAUUUUACAACAUGCUGACUGGAAUAACGAGUUGAAUCUAAAAACUUUGUUGUGGGAUAAAAUUGCUGACUUUGUUGAAGAUGCCAAGAUUGAAAAAAUUAAUUUUGAAGGACGUACCGCCUUUCGUGUAUCGGCAAUGAAUUUAGUUAUGAGCGAAGUUGUACCACGAUUAGAAAAACGGUUUAAAUCUUCUGACAAUAUUUCAGAAGUUCAUUUUGUUAGUGGUUGUGUUGUUCACGCUGAUGUAAGUUUGACGAAGGACGUAUGGCAUGGAAAGAACAUUGUGGUAUAUACUCGUCUCUUAAAAGUUCAUGGUUGCAUCAUCUGGGACGUAUCAGGUCUGGACAACAUGCAUACUUAUAAGACAGCUGCAGAUACUGGCCGUUCUGGAUUUGGAGAUGACGGUGAAGACGGUUUUGCUGGUGAAAGUGGUGGAAAUGUUUUAAUUGAAGCCAUUUCUGUAGAUGGUGUGGAAAAUCUUAGAGUAGUCUCUAAUGGUGGAGCAGGAAGUUCUGGACAAGACGGCGGUAAUGGGAAAAAUGGCAUAAACGGAUACGGAAUUGAACCAAAUUCUUUCAAAACUCUGUUUCCUUCGACUUGUAAUUUUAAAACUUCAUAUAAAACAAUUGAAGACGCCUUUAUGGACAUAGACACUUCCGAUUACAAAAGAUCUUGGUGGCUUGGCCAACAUGUGUAUUUAGAAGGAAAAGCUAAGGGUGGUUUUCAGGCAAAAUAUAUUGCGCAUUCUAUGCAUCGCUCACUUGUUCUUUGUGAAGGUCUACCAGGAACGCCUCCCGGUUUUGGCGGCCAACGUGGUAUGGGAGGACAAGGAGGAAGCGGCGGUCAAAUUGUGGGUAUCGCUGGUGAAAGUCAGUCUGGAGCAGACGGUCCUGAUGGAGACGAAGGCUUCAAUGGAAUACCAGGAAAAUGCGGUUGGGACAUAGGUCAUACAGACUCUUUUUCAGGCGGAAUGAUCUAUGAGGGUUUUGAUAAAAAUAGUAAAUUGAUCCUGCAAAAUCAUAAAUAUUAUGUAAAUGACAGCGUUUGGUGUGAAAGGUUCAAAGCAUAUGUUUCUUUUCAGUCCACCAAAAUCUGUGAAACAAACAUAGUGCAAUUUAAGAAAAGGUGUGACCAUAAAUUCAGGUACGAUAGGCAGCCACAAGCACAGAGCAUUAGAAGGAAACAUAUCUCUAAAGAAAAAAUUGACGAAAUUUAUUCAAAAUUAAUCGAUCAUGCAACUGAGGCUAUGGACGAUAUCAGAGAUGGAUUGAAAAAUAUUGAACAAAAUUUGAUAUUUGAUAAUUACCAAAAAUCUGCAGAAGAAAAAGAAACGACUCAAGAAAAUCAUGACGAAAACAUUGAGAAACAUUUCAAAGAGUAUGAAGACUUUCUUGAAAAUAAAAGGCGAGAAAUAAAUUAUUUAUUGAAAUCAUUUGUGCUUGAACUUGCAAAGCCGAAUAACAAAAAAAUUAAAAGAUUAUUGAUUUCUGGUAUGUAUGAUUCUAGAAAAAUUAGAGAAUUUGAAUUUGAACUGGCAAAACCUAAUUUAGAACUUAAUGCCGCAUAUAAUAAACUAUCCGAUUGCCUAAAAUCCGAGUUUUUAUGGAAUAAUGCUUGCACGGAUGAUUAUCUUUUACUCCAACUGAAACAAGAAUUUUCAACAAAGGGAAUUCAAUCGAGCAGUUUCAGAGAGGUAUUAUCUUACAUCUACAACCGUAAUAUUAAGUGUUAUACUGCUAAAGAUGGUGAAUGCAAAACGGUCGGUAGUCAUAAUCCAAUGGCCAAACAUCACGUUCAUUUACUUUAUGACGAUGGAAAAGUUUACGAAAUGAAUGUUGAUGUGACCUAUAUGCAACUGUAUCAAGAACGUAGAACUAGGGCUGCCAAGUACAAAAAUAUACUUAAUAAAUUGUUCAAUGCUAAUGAAAACGAGAUAUCUGAUUACAUAGCCAAAAAAUUAUAUACAACACGGUUCAAUCAUAAAAGAAUUUACCAACAUAAAAUUAAUGAUGAUAUUCAAAAAAUUAUAUCGAGCUGUAAAGGUUUUAAUAAGAACGAAAUUCUCACACAAAGACUUAGAAAAUUGUCACCUACAUAUAUUGUUGAUAAUCCAAUUUUGUAUUAUUUGAUGAAAAGGUUUUCUUGUGAGCAAGUUAAAAUAUCUUUUGAAGAACUUUUGUAUCUAAUAAACUCGGUGAUAUUCUUCUUUCUUGAUGAUGAAGACAGCUAUUUCUUGAUUAACUGGAUUAUUGUUACGCACAAACAAGAAGAAUGGCUGAAUCAAUUGCUGUUUUUGAAAUUGCAAAACUAUUUUAGAAGUUCAUUGAAAGUAAACAUCGAAGAAUGGAAUAAACUACUUUCAAAAUAUAAAAAGCCAGAAUUUUCAUCUUUGACAAAUGUUUUAUAUUGGUUUCAAACAGUUUGCGAAGAGACUUGUAUUAGUGAGACCGAAAUAAAUUUGCUAAAUGACCAAAACGAAAAUGUUUGGAUAGAGAUUUUAAAAGAAAAAUAUUUAAAGACUUCUGAUGAUAGAAGUUAUGAGGAACUUGUGAAUAUAAUUACUUCAAAGAAUAAUGGAAGUACAUUGAAAAAUUAUAGAACGAGAAAAGAAGGGAAUAAACUUCGAGAUGCCCAAAAGUUGUCGGUUAUGAUCUUAUUGAAGAACUCGAAUAUAUUUGCACAAAUAUCAACAGGAGAGGGUAAAUCAUUGAUAAUCGUUGCAUUUGCGAUUAUAAAAGCGUUGAGGAAAGAAAAAGUUCACAUUGUUACGAGUUCAACUGUUUUGGCUAGACGAGAUGCUUCAGAAAACAUGUCUAUUUUUAAGGCAUUUGGGGUCAAUGUCGGGCACAACUGCGACGAGAAAAUGGAUCUAAGAAACAGUCGCAUUCUAAAACAUGGUAAUUAUGGUGAACUUUCAUAUUUUCAACGGGAUUAUUUGCUAGACAAAUUUUAUGGAGACAUUUUGGGCGACACAACUUUUGAUAAUAUUAUUGUAGACGAAGUGGACUGCAUGCUUUUGGAUAGAGGAAACAAUAUGUUGUACUUGUCCCAUGACAUGCGUUUCGAUAAACUAGAAUCGGUUUAUAUAUUCAUAUGGAAAUGGAUAAAGCCUGUGACGUCCGAAUCAGGAUUUUCAGAAGUAUUCGACGAAGACAAAUUAGAGAGAGCAGUUUUGAGUCAAAUUCAUAACAUCAUUGACAUGUCAGACUUGAAGAGCAUCGAUAACGAUUUGAGCGAAAAUGAAAUCGAAAAGCUAUGGCACGAGUUGAUAAUAUCAUAUCUUGGAUUCCAAGGCAGAGUGAUAAAUAAGAAUCUCGCAGCAAAUAAUAUCAGAAACUCGCUGACAGAUAAAUUUAAGAUCUAUUCUUCCAGGUUAACGUUUUUUUUCAAGAAUUGCGUAGAGAAACCAAAAGAAAUUAUACCCAAUUAUUUAAUUGGUUUUGUUGAACUUCAUUUACGAAAUUGGAUCAAGAACGCCAUCACAGCUUUAUUUAUGCAAGAAUUUCAAAACUAUAUAAUCGAUGUCGACAGAAGUGGAACUGUCUCAGAUAGGAAUCCAAAAGUGGUUAUUUUGGAUACUGACACAGGUACCGACCAAGUGAAUUCUCAAUGGGAUGAGGCUUUGCACCAAUUUCUUCAGCUGAAACACGGUUGUAAGUUGACCAUGCAAAGUCUAAAAGCGUUUUUCAUUUCAAACGUGUCAUAUUUUAAUAAAUACGCACGCAAAUAUGGAGUCACAGGCACUUUGGGCUCUGACCAGGAGAUGAGCUUGUUGUCCAGUGUGCAUGAGAUGAAGACCGUGGUCAUUCCUACAUCAAAACAAAAGCAAUUUACGCCAUAUGAAGCGAUUGUAUGUCAAAACGACGACGAAUGGACCAAGGCUAUAAAACAGGAAGCACUUGGCAUUGUAGCUGCCGGAAGAUCUAUUCUGAUUAUUUGUGAAACCAUGAAAGAUGUUAAUUAUUUGGAAGCGGUAUUGAAAAGUGCAGAACACCAGGAAUAUGAAGUGGUCACCUACGUACGAGAGUACGAGGAAUUCCGCAUCAAAGAUGGUUUGCAAUGCGGUGUGAUCAUAAUUUCCACGAACUUGGCCGGUCGUGGUACAGAUAUUAAACUAUCGGAGAGACUAUGCAACCAAGGUGGUCUUCAUGUUUGCAUGACAUAUUUGCCAAGCAGCUUGAGGGUCGAGGAGCAGGGCUUCGGUAGGGCUGCCAGACGUGGCGAAAGGGCUCCGGACGACUUAUUGUUAAAAUGAUAAGGUAGAUGAUGUGACUACAUCGAGUGAAUUGAGAGAUGCGCUGAACUAAGACGGAUAUCGGAAGUCAAAUCGUAUUACGACAAUCAAAUCAGAACUGAGGAAGAAUAUUUUGGUAAAUUCAAGAAGUUUAUGAUAAACUCAAGCGCAAAGUUGGAAAAGUUGGAAUAAAAAAGUUUGUUGGACAGUUGCUUGGACAGUUGGGCGAUUUGGCUGGAUAGCGUCUCCAAAUACAUGCGCGAUAUACAGGAAGCGCACUUAAAACGACAUCUGAGAAUACACACUGGUGUUAAACCAUACUCGUGUGAUGUUUGUAAUAAGAAAUUUGCAGACGUUGGUAAUUUAAGGAAGCACGAGAGGAGAUAUCAUUCAAAGGAUUUUCCUGAUGGGCCUAAACCGCUUCAUGGUGCUACUCUUGCAUUACAUAAAAAGAGACAGGAAGAAAAAAGAAAAAAAUUUAAGAUAAAAAUAAAGAAAGAUAAGAUUAGAAGUUUUUGCUCAGAUGUUAAACGUAUUUUUAGAAACAGAAAGAGGAAGGUUGAAGACGAUGAUUAUGAUUCAUCUGAUUUGGAACCACUGAGCAAAAAGAUUAAAGCUAAUUCAGAUAAAGUUCAUCCCACUUACAAACCUCAGGCUAUCAACAAAUGUGACAAGGUUGCUGUGGUUCUUUUGAAAGGGAUUAAUUUAGACAAAUAUUGCACCAAUAAUGCCCAAGGUUGUGAACAAAAUGUAUCACCCAGUUCUACUGCUGAUGAAUCUAAUUCUGUACCCGGUUUGAUCAAUAUUGAAGAAAAACCUACUGAAAAAAUAUGCCAAAAUAAAGUUCUGGAUAAAAAUAUCAAGGGUAAAGGUAUAAGGAACAAUAGUUGUCCAACUGCUAAUAAAACAGUUGUUAGAAAGUCAUUGAUUCCCAAAAUUAACAUUAAUAUUGGUCAUCAUGAUGAACCACUAAAGGAGCAUGAAGAAAAUAAUGUAACAGAGAAGGGCGUCUGUCUAACAUCUACACCAACUUCUACAGCUUCCGAACCAACAUUUAAAGAUGAUGAAGGGAUGAAGAAAAAUGAUCUUCCGGAUGAUACAAAUCCAAUCAGUACAGAAUCAUCAAUUUCAUCAGUAAAAUCUUCAAGAGGUAUUACACAAGAGCAGCCUGGUGAUGCCUUGAAUUCAACAGAGAGGAGGAUGGCUGAAGACGAUGAUCAUGAUUUAUCUGAUUUGCAACCACUGAGUAAAAAGAUUAAAGCUAAUUUAGAUAAAGUUCAUCCCACUUACAAACUUCAAGCUAUCAACAAAGUGACAAGUUGUGAACAAAAUGUAUCACAGAGUUCUCCGGCUGAUGGAUAUAAUUCUGUACCCGGUUUGAUCAAAAUUGGAGAAAAACCUACUGAGAAAAUAUGCCAAAAGAAAGUUCUGGAUAAAAAUAUCAAGGGUAAAGGUAUAAGGAACAAUAGUAGUCCAGCUGCUAAUAAAACAGUUGUUAGAAAGUCAUUGAUUCCCAAAAUUAACAUUAAUAUUGGUCGUCAUGAUGAACCACCAAAGGAGCAUGAAGAAAAUAAUAUAACAGAGAAGGACGUCUGUCUAACAUCUACACCAACUUCUACAGCUUCUGAACCAACAUUUGAAGAUGAUGAAGGGGUGAAGAAAAAUGAUCUUACGGAUGAUACAAAUUCAAUCAGUACACAAUCAUCAAUUUCAUCAGCAAAAUCUUCAAGACGUAGUACACAAGAGCAGCCUGAUGAUGCCUUGAAUUCAACAGAGAGGAGGAUGGCUGAAGACUAUGAUUAUGAUUUAUCUGAUUUGCAACCACUGAGUAAAAAGAUAAAAGCUAAUUCAGAUACAGUUCAUCCCACUUACAAACUUCAAGCUAUCAACAAUUGCAACAAGGUUGCUGUGGUUCUUUUGAAAAGGAUUAAUUUAGACAAAUAUUGCACCAAUAAUGCCCAAGGUUGUGAACAAAAUGUAUCACCGGGUUCUUCAGCUGAUGGAUCUAAUAAAACAGUUGUUAGAAAGUCAUUGAUUCCCAAAAUUAACAUUAAUAUUGGUCAUCACGAUGAACCACUAAAGGAGCAUGAAGAAAAUAAUAUAACAGAGAAGGACGUCUGUCUAACAUCUACACCAACUUCUACAGCUUCCGAACCAAUAUUUGAAGAUGAUGAGGGGAUGAAGAAAAAUGAUCUUCCAGAUAAUUUAAAUCCAAUCAGUACACAAUCAUCAAUUUCAUCAGCAAAAUCUUCAAGAAGUAGUACACAAGAGCAGCCUGAUGAUGCCUUGAAUUCAACAGAGAGGAGGAUGGCUGAAGAUGAUGAUCAUGAUUUAUCUGAUUUGGAACCACUGAGUAAAAAGAUUAAAGCUAAUUUAGAUACAGUUCAUCCCACUUACGAACCUCAGGCUAUCAACAAAAGUGACAAGGUUGCUGUGGUUCUUUUGAAAAGGAUUAAUUUAGACAAAAAUUGCACCAAUAAUGCCCAAAGUUAUGAACAAAAUGUAUCACAGAGUUCUUCUGCUGAUGUAUCUAAUAACACAGUUGUUAGAAGGUCAUUGAUUCCCAAAAUUAACAUUAAUAUUGGUCAUCAUGAUGAACCACUAAAGGAGCAUGAAGAAAAUAAUAUAACAGAGAAGGACGUCUGUCUAACAUCCACACCAACUUCUACAGCUUCUGAACCAACAUUUGAAGAUGAUGAAAGGAUGAAGAAAAAUGAUCUUCAGGAUGAUACAAAUUCAAUCAGUACACAAUCAUCAAUUUCAUCAAUAAAAUCUUCAAGAAGUAGUACACAAGAGCAGCCUGGUGACGCCUUGAAUUCAACAGAGAGUAUUAUGGACUUUUUGGAAGAAUUGCUGUCUAUGUCUGAUGAUGAUUUUAAAGACGAAAGUCAGUUACUUGAAGGAGGUAAAACUAAAGAUUGUCCUGAAGAAACUGAAAUAUCAGAAUCAACAAAUAAAGAAGUAAUAGAUGUACCAGACAAUGGUGCAACCAAAACAGAAGCUUGUAAACUUGUUGAACAAGAGAUUGAGCGGAUUCUAAAAGAUAAUGGUAAGUCCCCAAAACAUUCAAAUGAAGAUUCCAAUACAAUACAAGAAGAGACAAAACAAAUUGCUGCCAAUGACAACAGAUUAAGUGAGCCAAGACAAUCUCAAAACAGUUCCAUGGACGCUACAUGUCUAUACAGUAUAACAAGGUUUGAUAAAUCUUUAGAAUGUUCAGAAAAACUAAAUAUUACUAACAAUGAACCUUUACUGAAUGGGCAAACAAGUUCAACAGAAAACUCUAAUGAUGAAUCAUGCUCAUCAGGAUUUAGCAUGCCUAUAUUAGACAUGGAAGACCACAAAGCGACCGAAAACACAAAGAAGCAAAUAGCAAAUGAGCUGAAGGAACAAUCUGUUAAUAGCAAUGACACAACAGAGUUGCAGAAAAAACAAUCUGUUAAUACUUUGGCUGAUGGACACACAAGUUCAACAGCAAAAUCCAAUGAUGAGUCAAGCUCACAAGAAUUUAGCUUGCCUAAAUUAGACACUAAAGAUCACAAAUUAGCCGAAGGGAUAAAGAAACCUAAUGCAAAGGAGCAGAAUAAAGAAUCUAUUAAUAACAAUGAUACAAAAGAUUCCACUUUGGCUGAUGUACAAACAAGUUUACCAGCAAAAUCUAAUGAUGAGUCAAGCGCACAAGUAUUUGGGAUGCCUAUAUCUGAUAUAGAAGAACAGAAAUCUACCAAAGGAACAAAGAAACCUAAUACAAAAGAGCAGAAGAAAAAAUCUGUGAAGAAAGAUAGAAUUAAGAAGCUAACACCUACAGAAAAACAAUGUGUAGAAACAAUGAAACCAGGGAGUAAAAAAUCUAUUGAAAUUGCUAAAGCAAUUGAAGAUGAUAUAAAAAAUAAGGAAAGCAAACAACAUUUGAUGAAAGCAGAAAGUCAAAAACCGGCAAAAGCAAAUGAAUCUAAAAAAACGACAGUAAAUAAAACUACAAGAAAAUCUGUUCAGGAAAAGGAUCAACAUGAAAAUAGUAAAAAGCAAGAUGACAUGGAUCAAGCAGUAUCAUCUGAAGGAAAAAGUCAAGACAACUCACAAAACAAUACAGAUGAAAAUUCUUCUUCAGUUGAAGAUGAUGAGGCUGCUAAUGAAAAAGCUAUGGAUAUUCUCAAUUAUUUGCAAGACUUGUGCUUUAUAGAUGAUCUUCCUGAAAUUAUGGGCGACCAGGCAAUAUCAGAUUCAAAUAUUAUGGACAAAACUGUUAUACAAGGAACUGAUGAAAAUAUAAACAAUUAUGAUAUGGAUACAUCGUUUAAUUUGGAUGAGUUAUCUACCAAAGCUUAUGAUUCACUGGUGAACGAAGAAAAAGAUACUGAUAAAACAGAUGAGACAUUAGAAGAAUCUAAACAUAAUAAGACAUCAGGGACUGAUGUUCAGUCAGAAGAAUCUGAUCACACUAAGACACCAGUGACUGAUGUUCAGUCAGAAGAAUCUGAUCACAAUGAGACAUUAUUGACUGAUGUUGCAUCAGAAAAAUGUGAUCAUAAGAAGACACCAGUGACUGAUGUUGCAUCAGAAGAAUCUUAUCAUAAUAAGACACUAGUGACUGAUGUUCAGUCAGAAGAAUCUGAUCACAAUAAGACACCAGUGACUGAUGUUCAGUCAGAAGAAUCUUAUCACAAUAAGACACCAGUGACUGAUGUUCAGUUGGAAGAAUCUGAUCAUAAUAAGACAUUAUUGACUGAUGUUCAGUCAGAAGAAUCUGAUCAUAAUAAAACACCAGUGACUGAUGUUCAGUCAGAAAAAGCUGAUCACAAUAAGAAAUCAAUCACUCAUGUUGCAUCAGAAAAAUUUGAUCACAAUAAGAUACCAGUGACUGAUGUUCAGUCAGAAGAACCUGAUCAUAAUAAGACAUCAGUGACUGAUGUUCAGUCAGAAGAAUCUGAUCACAAUAAGACAUCAGUAAUUGAUGUUCAGUCAGAAGAAUCUGAUCACAAUAAGACACCAGUGACUGAUGUUCAGUCAGAAAAAUGUGAUCAUAAGAAGACACCAGUGACUGAUGUUGCAUCAGAAGAAUCUUAUCAUAAUAAGACACCAGUGACUGAUGUUCAGUCAGAAAAGGCUGAGCACAAUAAGAAAUCAACCACUGAUGUUGCAUCGGCAGAAUCUGAUCAUAAUGAGACACCAGUGACUGAUUUUCAGUCAGAAGAAUCUGAUCAUAAUAACACGUCAGUGACUGAUGAUCAGUCAGAAGAAUCUGAUCAUAAUAAGAAAUCAAUCACUGAUGUUGCAUCAGAAGAAUCUGAUCACAAUAAGAAAUCAAUCACUGAUGUUCAGUCAGAAGAAUCUGAUCAUAAUAAGACAUCAGUGACUGAUGUUCAGUCAGAAAAAGCUGAUCACAAUAAGAAAUCAAUCACUAAUGUUGCAUCUGCCCAUAAGAAGACAUCAAAAAAAUCUAAGCAUAAUAAGACACCAGUGACUGAUGUUCAGUCAGAAAAAUCUGAUUAUAAAAAGACACCAGUGACUAAUGUUGCAUCAGAAGAAUCUGAUCACAAUAAGAAAUCAAUCACUAAUGUUGCAUCAGCCCCUAAGAAGACAUCAAAAAAAUCUAAUCAUAACAAAAAAUCAAUCACUGGUGUUACAUCCACCCAAAAGGAGACGAAAGUAAAACGACCACCAGGUAGACCUCGCAUAUAUCCUGUAAAACCCAAAAUUAUCAUUAAUGUAUUUGAUCCUGAUGGAAACGUUAUUAGAGGGAAAGGUAGACCGCCGAAUGGCGCUGUGAGACCUCCCAAAAAGAUCAGAAAACCUUUUCCAAAAGUAAAAGAUGGUAUAGACUAUAAGAAUUUGUCUAUUUUUAAUUUUCUUAGGAAAGAUACAAAAUCAGAGGAAGGUAAUAAGACAGAUUCAGAUAGAAAGACAGUAGAAACAACAAACAAAUCAGCACAAAAAACUGAAGCUGAUGAGAUAAAGUCCACAGAUGACUCAAGUGCUCAACAAAUAAUUGAGAAACCUGAUGAAACAACAUCAUCAUUAAAUAAUUCAAGUGCAACUCAAGAUUUGGAGGCCAACUCAUCUAAAGACAAGACCGCUGAACCAACUAAUAUUGCACAAACAUCCUUCAAGUCACCAAAUGAAACUCAAGAUUUUGAUUUUGAAGUUUCUAUUGCAUCAGACGAGUCAAAUCAAAUCAAAGUCAAAGUUCAUCAAUUCUCUGAUACAGCUCAAGAUAUUGAUGAUAACAAAUGUAAAGAGACAUUGUCUACACAAUCUAAAUUCGAUGAGCAAACUAAAGAUGCAAAUACAUUCAUCCAGGAUAUGGAACUUGAAAACUCUUUUGCAUCAGACCAGUCAAAUGAUGCACUUUAUAUUGAUGAGACCAUUUCAUCCUCAAAAGAUAUUGAGGCUGACAAGUUUAAAGAGGUCCGGUCUACACAAAAUAAAUCUGAGAUGACUGAUGAGCAAACUAAUGAUGCAAAUACAUCCAUCCAGGAUAUGGAACUGGAAAAUUCUUUUGCAUCAGAUGAGUCAAAUGAUGCACUUUAUAUUGAUGAGACAACUUUAUCCUCAAAAGGUAUUGAACCUGAAAAAUUUAAAGAGAUACGGUCAACACAAAAUAAAUCUGAGAAGACUGAUGAGCAAACUAAAGAUGCAAAUACAUCCAUCCAGGAUAUGGAACUGGAAAAUUCUUUCGCAUCAGAUGAGUCAAGUGAUGCCCUUCACAUUGAUGAGACAACCUGUUCUAUCUCAGCCUCAAAAUAUAUUGAAUCUAACAAGACGGAGACAAUGUUUGCACAAAAUAAAUCUGGCAAGACUUAUGAGCAAACUAAUGAUGCAAAUAAAUUCCCAGAGCCAGCAGAUUAUUCCCAGAAAAAUUCUUUUGCAUCAAACUCAUCCUCAAAAUACAUUAAAGAGACAAUGUCCACUGAUGAUCUAAAAACAUCCAUCCAGGCAGCAAAUAAAUUCCAAGAUUUUGACUUUGAAUCUUUUGCAUCAGAUGAUUCAGACGAUAAUGCACUCUUCAUCGAUGAGGAUAAUCAUUCAAUGUCAACUGAUGAUGAGUCUAGUUCAAAUUCUUAUUCAUCAGACGAAUCAAUUGAUGCACUUCACAUUGGCGAGACAAAAUAUUCUAUGUCAUCAGAUGAUGAGUCAACAGAUUCAUCAUCUGAUAACUCUGUUGCAUCAGUUAAACCCACAAAAAAUUAUUUUUCAAAUUUUAGGACUAGAAAAUCUUUUGCAUCAGAUGAGAAAACAAGAACUGGUAACUCUGUUGAGCAUAAAAAGUCUGGAAACUCAGUUGAACCAGAUGAGUCAAUUACUCCUCCUUCAAAUAGUGAGACUGAAAAUUUCCUUGAGUCAAAAAAUAAUAAUCGGUGUACGAGUGUUGUUCCAGAUAAUGCAAAAAGUAAUAAUAUAGGCUUAAAGUUGUUCGAGAUUCGGAAGAGGACUUUACAAAUGUUUUAG